UCGCUAUUCAGCAUCCUCUGGUUCAUGGAUUAUACAGUUUCCCUCCAAGUGCAACAUCAGCUGGCGGUGUUCCCGACGCACUUCUAUCAGGGCUACAGCGUGGAGUUACAGUGGCAUCAGUCCAGGAGUUGACAGCACACUCUCACUGUCUUCCACUCAGGACUGACGAGUUUGUCUUUCAGUACUACAGUUUGUGACUUUUAGAUGGCAUCUUUAUCAGCCUGAGGAUUCUUGCCUACGUUGGGUUUUACACUCUAUCUGGCCCUAGAGAGAUGCGUUGGAGGCCCUCCAAAAUUCAUGACCGACAAGCUCACUUCAUUCCUUAUCAUCAUUCACUGUCAGCAACAGGUUUCCAAAGUUGUCCAAAGGUUUUUGCCGUACUGGUGGCUGAGGAUGCAGUGGCAGUGGUUGGAUGGUCAACUGGUCCAGCCUGUUGGAAGAUGAAGUCAACAGAGGUGGACCAAGGGCUUUUCACAGACAGCUACUGCAAAGUGUGCAGCGCUCAGCUCAUCUCCGAGUCCCAGAGGGUCGCCCAUUAUGAGAGCCGGAAACACGCCAACAAAGUGCGGCUGUACUACAUGCUACAUCCUGUCGAUGGAGGCUGCCCUGCCAAGAAGCUCAGAACAGACAAUGGCAGCGAUGAGGGUGAUGUGGACAAGAAUAAGUGCUGCACACUCUGUAACAUGUCCUUCACCUCAGCAGUGGUGGCACAGUCACACUACCAGGGUAAAAUCCAUGCCAAGAGACUAAAACUGCUACUGGGGGAGCAGCCUGCCAUCACAACUAAAGAGGCGUCCCCCAGUCCUGUAAAGAGCUCCCCAGAAACGUCUCCCUUGACCUCCCUGCGACAGCGCCGCGACUCGGACCGCUACUGCCAGCUAUGCAACGCCUGGUUCAACAACCCUGGCAUGGCUCAGCAACAUUAUGAUGGCAAAAAGCACAAGAAGAACGCUGCUAGGGCAGACCUCCUGGAGCAACUGGGCAAGACCCUGGAUAUGGGAGAGAUGAAAGGUCUGAAACGGAGCUAUACCUGUGAAAUCUGCAACGUCACACUGAACUCAGUGGCGCAGUACCAUGCACAUCUGCAGGGCUCAAAGCACCAAAACAAUCUGAAGAAUCAGAUAUGUGUCCAGUGAGCGUGGGACGAAGAUAAAAACCAACUCUUGGAUUGAUGUCAGACAAGCUGUGGUCAGCUUGCCCUGCUUUUUCUGCCUCUGCCCUGCUUCUGCUCUCCUUCACGUCAUUUCGAUUUCUCUCUCUCUUUCUUUCUCUCUCUCUCUCUCGUCUGUAUUUCGGUAUGUUUUGGCCACUCUGACAAGGAAAAGAAAGAGAUUUUUUCGUAACACCCUGCACUGCAUCAACUCUAUCACUUGUCAGUAUACUCUACAGUUAAACAGGUUUUCUGCAUUGCUGGCCACUCUUAAAUCAUUGACCUUUAACAUUCCACUGCAGCUGUGUUCUGUGUUUUUUUCAAGGAAGUCUGCAUUUAGGUGGAUCUGGUACAUGACAGCCUUCCUAAAAAUGCAUGGACUAAAUUAGACCUUAAUUUCCACAAAAUGUGGAAGUACUGUAAGUGGAAUUUUUAAUUGAGAACAUGAGUUCUUUUUAAUUCUUUUGUUAAAAGUUUGCUUUUACUUGAAUGAAACACUGCAUAUUUAUUUGAAAUAAAAAGAAAAAGAUAUAUAUUAUUUAGCAUUGUGUGCUCUAACUAUGAGUAAUUUAUUCUCUUUGCCAUCAGUGCAGCUCAGCUAUAAUGCUUUUAGUACAAACAUGCUUGCAGUGGAGCUAAAUCUCCUUGUUCGAAGGGGUUGAUGGCAAUAAUGACACUGGUUGGCCUCUCACUCUACGUAUUGUAAUGGUAUUAACUUGUAUGGGCUGUGCUAAACAGUAAAUUACUUCUGUCUGUGGCUCUGGUAGUGGAAUAAGGAGACCAGUGGAAUUAAUAUUGCACGUCUGCUUCUACACUCAAACAGAAGUUAAUGUUUAAAGCUUUUAAAGGAUAAGUCUAAUUUAUGACUGCUUAGGUCUUCUUAGUUAAAGCCAACAUUCAUAUUAGUAAUAAUAACAUUGCACUGUCCAGGUUAUUGCUGAGAUCUGGGAAUGCCACAACAUUGCCGAAAAGAGGUCUGAGGAGGUAAAAGACACAAGCCAAGCCAGCAUGUCCACUUUGUGUGAAUUAUGCUUCUGCCUAGAUACAUGUUUGCAAGUUGACUGGUUGAUCAAACCCAUUUGGAUUGAAGUCCAAAACAGAGAAGAAGUGUGAAUGUUAUACACAUUGAAAGAACAAAUCCAAAAGAAACACCCAUGCAUGCGUCACUUGCACAAAGUGCAGAAAAGUUGCACUUCCACACACUGGAGUGAAAGGAAAUAACUCUCCAAACCAGCAGGUGGCAGUAGUCUGUAUUCAUAAUUCAAAAGAGAAGUAUAUUCAAUAUGUUCAAUUGGCUGAAAAGCAACUAACAAGGGCCAAGUAGUACCAAUGGUGCUGGACACACUGCAGACACUCUCAGACUGUGUCGACAGCUAACCAUCGGGGCCUUCUCCCCUGCGAGUGAAAGACUUUUUGGCAAUAUCUAACUCGUUUUUUGUUUCCCUACCCAUAGGUGAAGGUUAGAAUGUGGAUUAGCUGCUAAAUUAAAGGUUUCAUCCAUCACCUCUUACAGACUGACUUUAGUGUAGUAUCUACCUGUCUUUGUUGAUGCACAGUUUUUCUGUUGUGCGGUGAGGGAUUAUUACGGCCUUUCUGGGUGUGAUCAUCUUCAGGUUGACCUCCAAGUGCAGUGUCUUAGAUAAUCUUUCUUAAGUGCUAGUUUGACUGAUCGCUCGAGUGAUCUGGUUUCUUGCCCCAAUUUAUUGGAGCAAUUGAGCAGUGUAGAAGACAUGAUCUCUUCCUCAAAAGAAAAAUGGGAUGUUUCUUUUGUAAUGCAGCAUACAAUUGACUGUAUGUGGUCAAUGUUAAAGGUUCACAGAUAUUUUCCUAGAUCUCAGCGAUUACUUUGGUGAGGACAUUGAUAUCAUAACCUGCAGAAAUGAUGGCCAGUUUUACAAAAAUGAGACUCCAGCUGAGAUAAACCAAAACAAAAAAUCAACAGUUGUCGCCAUUUAAAUAGAUAUAACACCAAUCAGCCACUGCCAAAACAGCUCUGCCUUGUCAGGGGAAGGGACAAUGGACCUCUUGGGGUAUUUUUUGGUCAUUGGCAGCAGAAUGGAUGAGAUCCUUUGGGUCCUGUGCAUUGAGGGUGGGGCCUGCAGGUGGGAGGUCUACAAUGUUUAGGUGGGUAGUGUGUGUUAAAGAACAUCCACAUGAUUGCCAGAACCCAAGGUUUCCACGCAGAAGAUUGCACUGUAACAGAUGACUAUUGUUAUUCACUUCACCUGUCAGUGGUUUUAAUGUUGUUGUUGAGCAGUGCAGAAGACAUGAUCUCUUCCUCAAAUGAAAAUGGGAUGUCUCUUUUAUAAUGCAGCAUAUACAGUUGACCAUAUGUGGUCAGUUUUAAAGGCUAACAGAUAUUUUCUGUUGUUAAGGUACUUUCAUUUCAGUGGGGUCUUCAUCUCAGGGAGGUGUAACUGGUUGCGUUAGUGAAAUUGAACACUGUUGUUGAGUCAAACAUUCACACGUACUGAAUCCAUUCCACUAUAGAGCCUUGUAGAAUUUGUAGAAUGUGUUGGUAGAUCAAGCAAAAUGGACUGAACCAUUACUGUAAUGGUUUCACAAAAACAAUAUUGAUAUUGUGGAGUGUUUUUAAGGGUAAUUCAGCUUUAUAUAUAUAUAUAU